AUGGCUUGUACGGCGGAUGCUAAUGUGGUGUUGAUAGGGAACAACGUGACUUUAUCCUUUGAAGACAUUGAAGCUAACUUUGCUCCAGCAGUGAGAGGAUCUGGGGAAUGUGGCACUUUGUAUUUGGCGGAGCCUUUGAAUGCGUGCUUGCCAUUGACUAAUAAGUUUGGAUCAGGGGGAGGGAGUCGUUGUUCUCCAUUUGCAUUGAUCGUCAGAGGAGGAUGUAGUUUUGAGGAUAAAAUUAAAAGAACACAAACUGCAGGGUUCAAAGCGGCCAUUGUCUAUGACAAUGAAGAUGGUGAUUUGGUUGCAAGUAAUGACCUCUUUUUAAAUGCGACUUUAUAACUUCCCGUUUGCGAAUAUAUUUACAUAUAUACAUAUUUUAGUGCAGUCACCUUGCAUAAUCAACUCAGAGAUUAGGUUUGUAUCUGGUACUUGCCAUCCUUCAGAAAUUCAGGGGAUUAAUAUUGGAUAAUUGUCAUUUAGUUAGAGAGUUUGUUCUUACCAAAUGCAGUUAUGGUAGGCCUGCAGUUUUUAAUACCCGUUUUUUGCUCAUAUUAUCCAGAUGACUUAGUAUAAACCUCUACAAAGUUAGCUAAUCUAUAAGCACCAAGUGAAUAUGUUGUACAUAACUGUUGCAGAGAAUAACUGGACUGUAGUCUCAAUUUAAUGCUGAAAGCAUAGUUUCCUUUGGCUUUCAUGGGUGAACUAGAAGAAAAGUGGUUUAAGAAAUUAAAAUGACACAAUUGGCAUUCAUUUUACUGAGACAACAAAUUUUAAGCCUUGGUAUUUGGGAUCAGAUUGAUUGACCAAAAAGGAUGUUAGCAAUGCAGAAUACCUGCCAAUCUACUACAGACAAUAUUUGCAGAGUAAGAAAGUAAGAAUACAGGAAAUAAAGGUUGAUUGAACCUUACUCCAUAAUUUGUUGUUGAUUAAAAAAGGGAGCAUACUCUAUAAUGUUAUGUGGGGGCAAUCAACUGGACUAAUUGAAGGUCACACAUGAAUUUAUAAAUGAGCAUCGUUCAUUGAACUUUAGUUUAUUUUGUUUUUUAGGGCACUUAUUUCGAGAAGCUAGAAAACCCUAUCGACUCCCAUGAGCCUCCUAAACUUAUUUGUUAAAUAUUUAACCAAAUAAGGUUAUAAUCUAUAUUACUUAUGAAUGUUAACAUGUGUGAAAAACUUUUGAUUUCCUAUUUCAUCCGUACUUAAUAAUGUUGAUUCAAUACUUCACAUAUCCUUAUUAAUGUCAUCAUUUUUUCUUCCAUGUCCUAUCAAAACUCUUUUUAUCAUAUAGCAUUAGGUCUCUUAGCCAUUUGCUCUAUUUAUUUUUAUAGCUUUAGGUCUUCAAUUCUAAUAGUAACUCCAAUCACUGUAUAAUACAUGUAGAUCAAUAACUAGGUUUAGUAAGAAUUAAAAUAAGAAUUAAUUCUUCGACACAUAAUUUAUUUAUUCAAUUCAAUUACAAAUAUAAUCCAUAUUUUUUAUAAGUUUAACAAAAAAUAUUGAUGUAGAUCGUAUUAGGGAAGAAUUAGGGAUGAGAAGGAAAGAAAAAACGGACGAGAA